AUGACUAGCGCCGGCCUCAGCAAGAGGCCCGAGAGGAACUCCAAAGCUUUCGGCGAAGCCCGGCCCUGGCGGGCAGGGGUGCAAAGCGACCGCUGGCGAGGGCUCAGUGUGGGUAGGAUCUCCCGACUCCUUGUCUGGGGGUUAGUGUGCUGUCCGCAGACAGACCGUACGAACUUUGCUGCACGGAGCCCGGGGCCGGCAAGCAGCUCCUCGCGAGGCACAGUGUCGAGAGCGGAAGACUUACAAGGAGCUAUUGCGGAGUUGCGCGCCAAGGCCGAGACCAUGAAAGCUGCGGGUGCAGACAUGGAGCAAUUCAUCCUGGAGCACGUUCGCAGCUUCGUGAUUGAGCAAGUUAACCGUGGAGUCGAUCCGAAUGUGUUGAUGGCUGCGGUUCUGGAAGAAGAUGCUGUGCCAGACGAUGCUGUCACAGAGUCCUUGUGGGAGCUGGAUGACAGUGCAGGAGUAGUUCCGGCAAAGUUUGUCGAGAUGUUCUUCCAGCCGAUGUGGAAGUGGGAUUGGGAUGAGCUGGAGGCUUGGAGGCACUUGCCAUCGACGUGCAAAGCAAAGACCGUUCACAAGCUGAACCUCGAGCCUCUCCCGUCUAUGGCCGAGCGAACCAGGUCGAUUGGCAUUCCUGUGAAGGGUCGGGCCCCUCAGCCGGAGGAUCCUGUGAACCUCAACCCGAAGCCAUCUGAGGAGGUGAUGCGACGACUGAAAACCGAGUUGAGUACUUUUUUUGGUGCAGAGGUCUCCUUGCUCCCCGGGGGAUCCUCCAGUCGAACCACCGACUUACCAUCGAGUGAUUGGGACUACUACUUUGAAGUUCCUGGGGUGGAAGUGGAUGAACAUCAGAGGGACGAGCUCCUGCUGUAUCCAUCGAAGGCAAUGAACUGCACCGCGAAGCUUUCAGAACGGGGGAUUGCUAUUCAGCUGCAGUGCGGGCUUAGCUUACUUGAGAUUGUGCCGAGACACGCUACGUACUUCGACUGGGACCGUGUGGAGUUCCCGCGUUUCUUGGGUUGCCUCAAUCGUUCGAAGAAUGACGAAGACCUACGACUGUUCCUGGAUGACAACCCAGGCGCUCGCAUACUCAUCCGUGAGCUGAAAGCAGCCUUCAAAGAAGUCGAACCCAAACUUCCCAGCUUUCUUUUGGAGCACUUGGUGAAGCGUAUGGCGAUGACAUGUGUUUGUCAUGAUCCGUGGCGAGGGUUUGUGACGCAGUUGAAGCUUCCCGAAGCCUUCGAUGUUGCAUGCCACACCUUGGAAGAGAUUGCCACCCAGUCUCAACGAGGAAGGAACCCCGAUCCUUUCUCACCACUUCAAGAUCUCUGGGAGGACCUGGAGACUGCCGAGCCGCGCCGUAAGCAGAGCAUCCAGGAAUCGUGGCAUAAGAUGGCGAAGCUGGCAGGCGAUCCGAGGUGGGCAAACCGAUUCUUGGUACACCUGGAGUAUCUGAUGACCGCUGGGCGUCACAGCUGUGAAACUUUUAAGACCGACCCCUACAUCCUUCCGGUUCCUCACUCUGCAUAUUCGCUGUUCAUGGAGUAUACGUUAGGGCAAAAGAAGUACCGCAGCUUCUUAGACGUCAACGACCCAGUAGCGCCCUCACAGAUGGCUGGGAUGACUGCUGUAGACAUGAACAAGUAUCAGUUCGAUCCAGACCAGCGCAAGGCAAGACCCGCCGUGUUUCACGGAGGUGGCACCAUCACGGAUGACCGAACCUAUCUGGAGCGCGUCGCGCUCACAAUGGAAUUCUUGGAGAGAAAUGCACCAGUUUGA